UUCGCAUAGAAGGAUCUGAAAAAUCAGCGCGGUUCUCCUCUGCGAAUUCUCAAGCAUCAAAAACUGAGAAGAUUUGGUGAUUUGUGGUGGCAGAAAUGGUUUCAUUUGAGACGAGUGAUAUUAAAAAGAUCGGGCUUGGAUUGACUGGGUUUGGGGUAAUAUUCACUUUCAUCGGAGUAUUAUUCUUCUUUGACAAGGGUUUUCUUGCAAUUGGAAAUAUCCUCUUCCUAUCCGGAGUGACCUUAACCAUAGGAAUCAAGUCCACCCUGCAAUUCUUCAUGAACCGCCAGAAUUUCAAGGGUUCAGUUUCAUUUGGUGUUGGUUUCUUCUUUGUCAUUACUGGAUGGCCUGUGAUUGGCAUGAUCGUGGAGACAUAUGGUUUCAUUGUCCUUUUCAGCGGCUUCUGGCCUACACUGUCUGUUUUCCUGCAGAAGUUACCUGUUGUUGGUUGGGUUUUCCGUCAAUCGUUCGUGACAUCGUUUUUUGAACGGAACAGAAGCAAACGAGUGCCUGUAUGAGGAUAUCCUUUUGGUGGAGUAGAAGCAAGAAUUAUAGAGCAUACAAGUUCCCUUGUAAAGAUACUAUCUGACAGUGAGAUUCGAAGACCAAUUAAAAGCUGCUUGAUGCUGCAGAUGAUAUAGUUAGUUGUGGAUUGAUAACAUGACUUUUCUGUGUAAAAAUCCUUCAGUUUUGUAACUGCCUCAUUUGAUAGCCGUAUCUGCGGCUUUCCAAAGAAUCAAUUUUGCAUAAGCAUGCAUGAGAAUAGAUUUAGCACGACCAUGAGGCAAUGGCUGAGGAAAAAAAAAAAACCACGCCAUUCGAGAUGAAUGAAGAACCCAAGGGUACUUAUACAAUGCUAAGUUUGGUAUCUAUCGAAAAAUAAAUAAAAAAUGAUGAAACCGGGCCUAGUUAUGGCUCAAACAUGUCAAAAUUAUCUUUCAGUCGGGAUCUAUCUUAAAAAGUUGUAAUCAGGUUAAUGUUUUGGGUCUGACAUGAAAUGAUUCUAUUGAGUUUGUAAUUGGGCUUGUUUG